GUAAGCGAUAGGUUACGUGGCAUUGGUGUCUGCGCAGACUCAGAUCACAACAUCCUUCGUCUAUCACCGGCUGGAAGAUGGUGGCUGUCAAAAUGCAGUAUUGUGUGCUGUCAGUUUUGCUUUUGAACGUUUAUUACACCUUUGUCUCCUCGCUGUACUUUCACAUCGGGGAAACUGAGAAGAAAUGCUUCAUAGAGGAAAUUCCGGAUGAAACGAUGAUCAUCGGUCAGUAUCUUGUGUCCAUUGGGAUUGCUAUGCUAUUUAGCCAUGAGAAGUCAGCUAACAGCUAGCUAGCUUGCUAGCUCGUCAAACUAGCUUCCGAGUUCGAGUUAGCUAACAUUUAGCCAACAAUCUAGUUCGGUAGUUAGUUAUCUAGCCAGCCAACAUGAAACUUGUCUGUACAGGGGGCUGUAAACUUACUUUUCAGUUGACUUGUUGACAUACUUGGCUAGCUAGCUACUCAAAUUCAUGAGCAGGCUAACCAGCUAGCCAACGUUAGCUAUACAAAUACAGUGUAUUGGUCGCGUACACAUAUUUGCAGAUGUUAUCGCAGGUUCUGCGAAAAGCUUAUUUUUCUAGCUCCAACAGUGCAGUAAUACCGAACAGAACAAGCAGACACCUGUCAUAUUGAUGUCCUCGGCGAGCUACAGCUAUCAUAUUUGAAAUAUGUCACGCAUGCUUUUGAUACUUUCAUAAAUAUAAACCAUGUAACUACAUCAUAUUUUACUGUCGUACCAUCCAUGUCCAUAUCCACUUCCUGUUAACAUACUGUAGGUCCUGCACAGAAACAACCCUUGGCCCUAACAGUUUACCCCUCUAACUAGGCACUUGUAAGGAUAGGACCGGUAGAAGCAAUCAUUGGCUGGCAUGUGUAAACAAUUGUAUUUUCUAUUUUUAGGAAACUAUCGUACACAAUUGUAUGACAAGCAGAAAGAAGAGUACCUUCCUGCCACACAGGGUCUGGGGAUGUUUGUUGAGGUGAAAGAUCCUGAUGAGAAGGUAGGAUGUUACACACUGCAACUAGUAUCAUUCACUUCAUAUGGUAUUCUUUGAGAGAAACCUGUGAGAAUAAUUAUGACCAAAGCUGCAUUGAAGUGAAUAGUGAUGAUACUGAAAAGGUGUUGCUUCCCGUCUGGACUCUAGGUGAUCCUGUCUCGUCAGUACGGCUCGGAGGGAAGAUUCACCUUCACCUCUCACACCCCAGGAGAACAUCAGAUCUGCCUUCACUCCAAUUCCUCCAAGUUCGCCCUCUUCGCAGGAGGAAUGCUUGUAAGUACAUUAGUGUGACAAAUGGGGAAAAAAGCUAUUGCACUCACAAUAUGCAUAGUUGAUGGCAGGAUGCAAUGGGGGGAGGGGAGUCAAAAACAAGUAAAACCCACAUUGAUGCUCCUCUCAAUUGCUGUGAACCACCCUUUGUUUUCUCAGAGAGUUCACCUGGACAUCCAAGUGGGAGAGCACACCAAUAACUAUGCAGAGAUUGCAGCCAAAGACAAGCUGACAGAGCUGCAGCUGAGAGUGAGAGGGAUCAGAGGGUGAGUACAUCAGCUGUCCUGCUGAGUAAAGCCCUGGACACACCGGUCAGCUGUCCUGCUGAGUAAAGCCCUGGACACACCGGUCAGCUGUCCUGCUGAGUAAAGCCCUGGACACACCGGUCAGCUGUCCUGCUGAGUAAAGCCCUGGACACACCGGUCAGCUGUCUUGCUGAGUAAAGCCCUGGACACACCGGUCAGCUGUCCUGCUGAGUAAAGCCCUGGACACACCGGUCAGCUGUCCUGUUGCGUAAAGCCCUGGACACACCGGUCAGCUGUCCUGCUGAGUAAAGCCCUGGACACACCGGUCAGCUGUCCUGUUGCGUAAAGCCCUGGACACACCGGUCAGCUGUCCUGUUGCGUAAAGCCCUGGACACACCGGUCAGCUGUCCUGUUGCGUAAAGCCCUGGACACACCGGUCAGCUGUCCUGUUGCGUAAAGCCCUGGACACACCGGUCAGCUGUCCUGUUGCGUAAAGCCCUGGACACACCGGUCAGCUGUCCUGUUGCGUAAAGCCCUGGACACACCGGUCAGCUGUCUUGCUGAGUAAAGCCCUGGACACACCGGUCAGCUGUCCUGUUGCGUAAAGCCCUGGACACACCGGUCAGCUGUCCUGUUGCGUAAAGCCCUGGACACGCCGGUAGUGUUUGCCGGCCGAGACUACUUAGCACCUCUGAACAGAGUGCCAGCUGUAAUUUGCUAAUCGAUUCUAGAUGUAGAAAAAGGCUAAAGUAAUUGCAGUCAGACACCUACUGACGGAUGGUCCCUGAAACACACAGAGCGGAAUGAACGCGAGACGAACAGCAGACCGCCAUUGGUGCAACGUUUUCUCCUUAAAAUAUAAAAGUCUGUUCAAGGCAAACUUAAGACAUUUGCUAAAUUCCAAAUCGGCCUCUAGCCCCCACACUCUAGCCACUCCUGUAGAUCUGAGGGGAUUGGAUAGAUAUAAGCAUGUGAGUAACAGCUUACUAUAGUCUUCUGAAUGGUUGGGUGGAAAUAUCACCAUGUUGCUUCCACCUAUCCAAUCCUGUCAGAUCUACUAGUGAGUAGGGGUCAAGUUGGAAUUCAGAAAUUGGUUGCAUUGGCUUGUGUGCUACUAUUUGUAUUUUAUAAAAGCUUUGCUCUGUCUCUUUCAGUACCGUGAGGAGCGCUUCAGGCAGACCAGUGAGAGCACCAACCAGAGGGUUCUGUGGUGGUCCAUCGUUCAGACAUUGAUCCUGGUGGCCAUUGGCUUCUGGCAGAUGAGACACCUCAAGAGUUUCUUCGAGGCCAAGAAAUUAGUGUAGACCUGCUCUCUCAUUUUGUUGUUUAUCUGAGUCCGGGUUGGGGAUCAAUUCGGUUUCAAAUCAGUAAAUUCAGGAAGUUAACUUUAACUCUAUUCUUGAAUUGAGAAUUGCCCCAUUGUUUUCUAUGAGGCUUUUUUCAUUCAUCAAUUUGAAUUAACUUCCUGAAUUGAUAAGUGAAUUGAACCCAACCCUGGUCUGAAUGGAGUACUUAAACAUCAGUCAGAAUGCGAGUUUGCUCUCAGAAGUAUGUGUGUAGACUGGUGAGGUUACCAUCCUAUCAGUGAAAACCACCCAAUUAUUUUUAUUUUGAGAGGGCUCUGCUUUUGGAUUUUUAAGACCCUUUUGUGACUUUGAUAUUCCCCAUCCCUGUUUCUGUAAGAUAACUCUGUCUGCAAUUGGUUUUAUUUAUGAUCCUCUACAGUAUGCUAUAUGUUUUAUUUUUGGCUGGGAAAAAAUUGUCUUGUACUAUUGAUGAUAUCAAACAUGGUUAUGCUAUUGAUGAUAUCAAACAUUGUUCUUCGAAGGUUAAAACCACCUUGACAACCCAUAAGAUAUUUCUGUAGCACCUUUUGUGACUAGAAUACCUGUCAGUCAUAUUACAGGCCACAUCUCUUCUCUCAAAAUAACAGGUGUGUUUUCAAACUGAUUAGACAAUGUUCUCACUCUACUUGCAUCGUAAUGGGGUUUUUGUUACUGGCCGAGAGAGAUCAUCUAUUUUGGUUUAGAGCCAUACAGCAGAAAAUGUGAUUUGAUUUAUGAAACUUAUUUUUGGUAAUGUGUGCGUACUAAUCUUUACGUUUUGAUUUAGCUUAAAAUGAAUGUACAUUUCAACCCCUGAUGUAUUCAGUGUUGGUCGUGGUCUGUGUGUUUAGAAACAGAAAGACAUCCAGAAUAUGCAGAAUUUUAAAAUGAAGAUCUUGAAAAUUGGGAACCUUCUCCUGUCUUGUUAACCAGUAUCUGUAUUCCCAAAGCACCUCGGAGUAGGCCUGCUGAUCUAGUAUCUGUUACCCCUUGUUAAUAAAAGGCUACAUUUAUCCUAGAUCAGCACUUGGACUCUGAGACACUUUCUCAAUACGGGCUCUGUCUGUGUUUUAUUUAAUGGUCAAUUUAUAAAGCUGGAAAGUGAGACAAGAAACAUGACAUUUUGGUUAAAGGGUGGUGCUAGAGUGUCUGUUGUUAAUAUGGUAGUUUUAUGGAAAACAGUUGUGAAAUACUAGCUAUGCAUUUGCUGAAGUACGAAAUCAGUUCACACAGUUUCUCCCUAACUUGCUGAAUACACUGCCAAAGAUGUUCCCUUAUCACAAUCCAUUGGCUUGAAUGUGGUCAAGUGAACAUUGGUUGUUUUUUCAUCUGUACUGCAAAUCUAAGUGAACCUAGAGAGAUGCUGUUUUGGGGAUCUAUUUUGUCCAUUUCCUUUCUGCAAAUACUCAGGUAGAGUUUUGAAGACACAGAUUUAAUUCAAUUAAAUAAAGAACUGCUGUCCAGGUUAACAGUUUGCUCCAGUUCUCAUCAUGUACAAGGAGUUGAUUCUUGGGUAAACAUCCAAAUCAAAAUCAAAUCAAUUGUACACUUGGAAAGUACUUAGCCAGAAAGCAGUCCUUGCUUCUUGACAUUCAUAAAACAAUUUGAACUAUACUGGAUCAUUGUUGCAAAAAAAAUAUUUUUGUUCAGUUAAUCCGUUUUUUGUGUGUUUCUCCUUAAUAUUCCCAAAACUGUUCCUUAUUCAAUUAGUUCAUCAUUGGCGGGUUUUUUUGCAUUUAUAUGGUUAGAUACAGUAUCAGAGAUUUCGAGUAUGAUUUGAAUCAAUUGGGGAUGGUUUGUUUUUGGUGGGGGGAUGUUAAGUUUAGAUUCUGUAAAUGUAAAAACCUGUCUAAAUUGCACUACAAAAUAAAGUUUUGUCACCUUUGGCUA